UCGAUUUUCAAACUAAUCAGUCUUAUGUGACCAAAGGCCCGGAAAUUAAAGUGACGUGUUGUAUUUCCUCGGGAAACGAGCAAUGCGCAAUAAAAAAAAAGAGCAUUUGCUCAUCUGGCAAUUUUCUCUAAGGAAUUUAGGAAUCCUUUCCUUGCUUUUUUUUGUAUGUCAUUUGUAAAAUUCCGAAACCGAAUUCCGAUAUACCGACUGAUGCCGACGAGAAACGUGUCAGGUGUGUGUGCUGCGUAAACUGGCAGCCAAAGAGUGAGUGAUCAUCGUGAUGAUUACGGACCAUUUGCGGAGUUCGAGGUGACAAUGUUAAUGUGUCAUCGUUUAAAAUGAGUGAAAGAAAAUUUACAAGGGGCCUGGGAAAGCCUGGUAUGGCGGCUCAACUUAGAGAAACUGUCUCGCAGGUUGUUCGCGAAAGCACUGUGCAGAACAAACCUCAUCUUGUUGAACCCAUUGACUUUGAGAAUUUUGUGUUAAAAAACAAGACGCUUUUACAAAAUGACCCACAACGUGAGCUGUUGCUUUAUCCCCCAGAUGAUGUAUCACAAGUCGUCCUACCCAGAAGAUAUCGCACAGUUGUACCAACUGUACAACGUACUUCUGAAUCUGCGGACGACCAGGAAAGUCUCUUUACUAAAGAAUGCAAGAAAAGUUAUGCAUCGAAUUGGAGUUUGGUGCACUACAAAUAUUCUGCCUACAGUGGAUCCUAUCUUGAAUUGCCAAAAAUAACAAAAGGAGAUAAUCUGAAGGAUGAAGUUUAUGAAAUUGACACAGAAAUCGACCAAGUUGACGAGGUAAUUGCAAAAAAUGAUGGUUUAGCAAAACAAGGUUACCUGAUGAAAGGUCCCGAAAUCGGCAGCAGCGAUCGUAUGUUUGCUCAUAUUGGGUCAAAGUCUUUCAAGCGCCGUUUCUGUCAAUUGAGUCAGGAGGUCGAUGGCACUUACAUGCUAGAAAUGUUUAAAGACGAGAAAAAGGGUGAAGCUAAGUUAUCGAUCGUAAUGGAUUUUUGUACAGAGGUUGUACGAAACCCGAAACGUGGUCGAUAUUGCUUCGAGUUAAGAAUGAGUGCUGAUCACAAAUCUUACACUCUAGCCGCGGACAGCGAAACAGAAUUGCAAGAUUGGAUUUUAAAAUUGACCUCUGUUCUACAACAUUACAAGCAACAGGAAGAAAAGCGAGCUGCUUCUUUAGAAAGAGCCUGCAAUACUCCUCCACCUUCUCCACAACCAAUGCAAGUUUACGGAACUUUAAAAGGUCUCGAGCAGAGUAUGAAUCCUCAAUUAAUAAAGUACGCUCGAGAAACAGAUACAAGCAUUGCAUUGGCUAGAAGAGAGAAUAGAAAGCGUAUUCUGAGUUUAUAUCCUCACAUAACUCUGGCGAAAUCGACGAUUAGCAAUUCCUACGAGGGAAAUGUUGACCCCUACAAAGAACAGUUUGGCCAAAGAAUCUUUGUCAAGUGCGAAAGCCUAAAAUUCCGACUGCAGGCGCAGAUUGAUGAGAAUGCGUCACUUUGUCAGGUGGAGCCUUAUUAUACGACCUUGUGUUUAUUCGAUGCAAGAAAUGGAAGAAAGCUCACCGAGAAUUUCCACUUUGAGGUCAAUCAUGACAUUGUUUGUGAUUUGGUGAAAGAAUCGAGUCCUCCUAGUGUCCUGACUGAGGAUUCAAAGAAUGUUGAGCUUCCUGAUGAUUUGUCGAGUAUUCCAUCUGAAUGGAUCAGAUUCAGUAAACAGGCUAUUUUUAGCAUAAGCAAUCCUCAUCCGGAUAUUUUUCUGGUUGUGAGGAUCGAUAAGAUUUUGCAGGGGAGCAUUUAUCAAACUUCUGAGCCAUACUUGCGUGCCACCAAAGAUCCGCGCCUUGGCCUGAAAGUGCAUAAACAAGUCAAAGCUUGUUGCCAAAGAUUGGGUAAUUAUAGAAUGCCAUUUGCCUGGUCAGCUCGUCCUUUAUUUAGGUUAUACAGUAAUGAGUUGGAUACGUCGUCUGAUUUUCCGGCAGUAUACAGGCAGGAGGGGAACAAAAUAAAAGAUGAAGAGUUACUGAAAUUACUUUCAGAAUAUAGAAAGCCAGAAAAACUGAACAAGUUGACCACCAUACCUGGAUGGUUGAAAAUAAAAAUCGAACCUCUGUCGGACAUCCCUGACAACAGUUUAACGACUUCUUUGGCAAUGUUAAAGCCCUUUCCACUGCCUCCAGCUACAGAACCAACUUUAGAGAUUGCAGAGUUUGAAAGCUCUUCUGAAAAAGAAAUUCACCCCUACGCGACGUUUGUCAAUCAUCUUUACGUCUACCCUCAAAGUCUUUGUUUCGACUCUCAAAAAAUCUUUACGAGAGCGAGAAAUAUUGCUUGUAUUGUUGAACUACGAGAUGACGAUAACGAGAAUGCUGUCCCUUUAAGGUGUAUUUAUGGUCGGCCAGGCGGACCUCUUUUGCGUUUGCGAGCGUCGUGUGCAGUUUUACAUCACAACGCUACACCUUCCUGGUACGAGGAGAUGAAAAUCAGACUGCCUACGAAACUCCACGUAAAGCAUCACUUGCUCUUUUCAUUUUACCACAUCAGCUGCGAUAUGAACAAAAAAAAGGAAAAUGGAGUUGAAAAUUGUGUUGGAUACUCAUGGUUACCUCUACUGCAUAAAGGGCGGUUAAAUGUCGAUACAGAAGCUAACGUGCAAGUUUUGCCUGUUGCAACACAUUUACCUUCUGGAUAUCUUUCAAUUCAACCCCUUGGCCUCGGAAAAGGGGUAAGAAACGCUGGACCAGAAAUCAUGUGGAUUGAUUCGCAGCGUCCAAUCUUCACACUGGCCUUUCAACUCAAUUCAACUGUUUUUACACGAGAUCCACAUCUACACAAUCUUUUCGCUCAUGCGGAAAGAAUUUUGGAGACGAAACCUUCAGCCAUGCCGUCAGAUUCCGAAGCGUGUAAAAUUCUAAAAGCGGCUCACGCAAUGCAGCUGGUGACGGUCGUCACGUUUUUGCCUACAAUUUUAAAUCAGCUCUUUGCCUUACUGACUUGUAAUGUUAGCGACGAAAUCGGACUCUGUAUUAUUAGGCUUUUGGUUCAUAUUAUAAAUAUGGUGCAUGAGGCUGGUCGCAAGGAAAUUUUACAGGCUUACGUGAAGUUCGUUUUUGUCUCGCCCUCGAAAGGAAAUGGUAGUCCGACUGUUCACGAACAAUUAGGAAAGCAUCUUCCAACUUUACUACAACCAACCAAUACUGAUUUUCUAGUUGUAAAUAAAUUUAUGCACCAUUCUGGUUUCUUUUUUGAAAUCAUGUUAAAGAGUAUGGCGCAGCAUUUACUCACAACGGAGAGAAUAAAGAUGCACAGAAACGAAAGGUUCUCAAAAGAGUACCACGAAAAGAUCAAAACUCUUUUAGAAGUUAUGAUGCCCUAUCUGAUGAAUAAAUAUAAAGAAAUGCCUAUCGAAACUCACGAACUGAACAAGAGUCUUGCGCAUUUUCUGAAGAGAUGCCUUACGUUUAUGGACAGAGGUUUCGUUUUCCGUUUAAUCAAUUCCUACAUGGAUAACUUUUCUCCUGGAGAUUCGCGAGCCCUGCACGAUUUCAAGUUCGCCUUCCUACAAGUCGUUUGUUCCCACGAACACUUUGUUUCCUUUAAUCUACCAAUGAUGCAGUCUAGAAUUACCUCCAGAGAGACAGAGACAGAACCUGAUUGUGAUGACCUUCUGAACGAAUAUUGUCUGACAGAAGAUUUCUGCAAGCAACAUUUCUUAGCUGGACUCCUGCUUCAAGAAGUGAAGACAUCUCUUUGUGAAGUCGUUCAAGUCAGAAAGACUGCCAUUUCAACGUUGAGAGAUUUGAUGGCAAAACAUGAAUUGGAUGAUCGAUACCAAAAUAAGGGCCAAUUGAGCAGAAUUGCCUCACUGUAUAUACCAUGGUUAGGUAUCGUUUUAGAAAAUCUACAUCGACUUGAGUAUAAGAACGACGUCAAAGCAGACGUCAAGCAAAAUUCCAAUAGAGUCUCUACAAACAAUUCUUUCUCAAUGAGUAAAGAAGCAAACAACGUGGCGGCUUCUAGCACUCCGAAAUCAAUACACAGAUUGACUAUGCACUUGGAUUCGCAGUCACCAAUCAGAGCCUCGAUGCACUUGAGGGACUCGUCGUACUUUGCUGCGAUAGCUGGUCAAACUAUGGUGAACGGAUAUUCUUGCGCCAGUAUAGAGUCCGAUGUUUCGACCAUGUCUAGUGCCUCGCAAUCAAAUUUUUCGCAAGAUACUACAAUUACUAGAGAGCCUUUGGAAAAUGGAACGAAAGAUCUAAAGGGACAUUCCAGAUCGUUGAGUGUCACGCAAGCUUCUAAUAGAAGCGAUAAGUUGCAACCUCUGGAAGUAAAAGAUGUGCUGCUUUGUUUUAUGUUUAUCAUAAAGUACCUCGGGGAUCAUCAAAUAAUUGCGUGGUGGCAUCAGUGCAAUGACGCUGAAAUUCUAAACUUCUUUACUAUUGUUGAAAUGAGUCUUCAGCACUUUAAAUAUGUUGGAAGAAGACAAAUUGCUGCGAAUACAACAAAGGAGCCAGGAAAGCCAAGGGCGGUAAAAGCAAUGACGUUGCCAGCAAGAAUGGCUCCUCCGGAUUUUACAAACGACAGUCCAACAACUGGAACUCUUCAACCACACAAUACAGCAGUUAGAGAAAAUUUGGUUGAAAAUGAUAGUGGGAAAAGUUACCAAGCUUUGCUUGAAGCAAACCUCGCAACUGAAGUCGGGCUAGUCGCGUUAGACUGUUUAGGACUUUUUUGUAUACAUUUCAAAGACGUGUUGCUCACGAAUGAUGGCAAUAACCCAGUGAUGCAGAAAUUGUUUACUAUUUAUUUGCUCUUUCUUCAACUUGGUCAGUCGGAAACUCUAUUUCGGCAUGUCUUUGCAGGACUUCGAGCUUUUCUGAACAACUACUCCAUAAUUUUAUUUCGAGGAAAUGCAGUAUUAUGUGGACGAUUGUGUUACGAGUUGCUGAGAUGCUGCAAUAGUAAACUGAGUUCGAUCAGACAAGAGUCAUGUGCCUUACUUUACUUGCUCAUGAGAAGUAACUUUGAAUUCACCAGCAGAAAAGGAUUGAUUCGAGUACAUUUACAGGUCAUCAUUUCCGUUUCGAAAAUGCUAGGAAACGUGAUCGGUUUAAACAACUCUAGAUUCCAAGAAUCCUUGUCCCUCAUAAACAGCUACGCUUCCUCUGAUAAAGUUAUGAAAGGCACAGGAUUUCCUGUGGAAGUAAAAGACUUAAAUAAGAGAAUCAGAACGGUAUUGAUGGCCACAGCUCAGAUGAGAGAACAUAAUAACGAUCCCGAGAUGCUGGUCGAUUUACAGCACAGUUUGGCUAAUUCCUAUGCUAGCACUCCAGAAUUAAGGCACACUUGGUUGGAAACUAUGGCUAGGAAUCAUGCAAGGGAUGGAAAUUUCUCUGAAGCAGCGUGUUGUCAACUGCACAUAGCAGCCUUGAUGGCAGAGUAUCUAAAGUUGAAAACAAAUCACUCUUGGGGUGCAGAAGCCUUCGAUUCAAUAUCGACAAACAUCAGUAUUGAUGAGCGAGGCCUCAAGGUCGAUGCUGGUGUACAAGAUAUUCACUACAACGAGAGCCUCCUUCUCGAGCAGCUGGAAAUUUGCGCAGAGAUGUUAGAAAAGGCGGAACGUUUCGAACUUCUUGGUCCUUUAUAUCGCCUAAUAAUUCCCAUUUACGAAAGCAAAAGAAACUAUGAAGCUCUCUCUAAUUGCUACUCCCAUUUAACUCAGUCUUGUAACAAAGUUGUUGAAGUAACUCGAACUGGAAAGAGGCUUUUGGGUCGUUUUUAUCGAGUAGCGUUUUUCGGUUCGGCUUAUUUCGAAGAAGAAAAUGCGCAAGAGUACAUCUACAAGGAGCCAAAAGUGACCUCGCUCUCUGAAAUUUCCGAAAGACUUUACCACCUCUAUUCAGAGAAAUUUGGAGCAGAAAGCAUGAAGAUGAUAAUGGACUCCACACCUGUAGAUGUUAGCGAAUUGGAUGCAAAAAUGGCAUACAUCCAAGUAACUCAUGUGACUCCUUAUUUUGAAAAGACAGAUUUGGAAGCUAGGCCGACAGAGUUUGAGCAAAGUCAUGACGUGUCGUGUUUCAUGUUCGAAACGCCUUUCACGAAAGAAGGAAAGGCGAGAGGAAAUCCCGAAGAGCAGUGGAAAAGAAGAACGAUUCUUACGACACAAUGUACCUUCCCAUAUAUAAAGAAACGCAUUCCGGUAGUCGCAAAGAGAAUAGUGGAGCUUAGUCCAAUCGAAGUUGCCUUAGACGAAAUGAGACAGCGAGUUCAGGAGCUGGAAGACGUAGCCUUGAUAGAUCCAACGGAUGCGAAAAAACUUCAGCUGAGGCUGCAAGGAAGCGUUUGUGUAACGGUUAACGCUGGUCCACUGGCCUAUGCUUCCGCCUUUUUAGAUCCAGCCCUUUCUCCGCAGUACCCUGACGAUAAAGUGGAGGAGUUGAAAGACGUUUUCAGGGAAUUCGUGAAGAUAUGCUAUACCGCGCUGCAGAUCAACGGCAAGCUAAUCUCGUCAGAUCAGUACGAGUACCAAGAGGUCUUGCGCGAAAAUUACCAGAAGCUUUGCCAGAAUCUGUCAUCGUUGUUAGGUGAGCCAAUCUGGCCUGACGAUCAAAUUGGAAGCUUCAAACGCAACAGCGCAGCACUCUUUAGUGCUAUCAGUGGCACAAACAGUCACACCAGUACCGCCUAAUUCUUAAGACUGAUUUGAUACGCAUCUCGAUACAUUUUUGAGGACAAGUAGAUUUUUCAUGACACAAAGUAUUUUAUUUCUUUCUAAGCUUUCUAGGUCUAAGGGAAAAAUAGAAAUUCUUUUUUUCUAGCUCGAAAGUAUUUUUUGUAAAGUAGGCCAGUACAUUCUCAGCAUUGAGCAGUUUCAUUAAAUAGUCGUAUGUAUUGUAUUUUUACAUCUAAGACUCCAAGGAACCAGUGCGAUGAUUGGAUUUUUGAGCAACUUUAAGCCUAGAUCAAGGAAAAAAAAUGUGGGUCUUCCUUAAUAAUAAUUCUAAUUUGUCUUCCAAAAUUCUUUUGUCUGAAAAUUUAAAUUAGAUUUAAAUUUAAUCUAUCCUGAAAUUCUAUUGCGAAAACUUUUUUGCAUUUUGAAAGUUUGGUUUAAAUUUUAAAGACUUUUCUGAUUAAAAUUUCCAAUGGUUUACCGAUGUCUGAAUUAUGAGAUAAGAUAUUAUAUAAUGCUGGUCUUUUGGUCAUGCGAACACUGCCAUAUUAUCAAUUAAAGUUUUCAUGGCUUAUCAACUUAUUUCUAAAAAGUCAGAUUACGCUGGUUUUAAAGAAAAAUUUCACCGGCAUAGAAUGAAUACAACAAAUGCUAAAUGUCUACUAUUUACAUACUAUGGAAGAGUGUCUGAAAUUACAAUUAUCAAAAAUUUAUUGUUGUUUCCACAAAAAAUUCAAUUUCUUAUCACUAAAUAGAUGCGUUAAAUGUUAAUAAGUAGUUCGUUGAAAUCAUGCUUACUAUUAGUUCGUCUCUUUUGUAUAAAUAGCUUCAUUCGAUAUAAGUAUUGUGAUAUAUAUUGACAGGGUACAAUGCUUUCCCGUCUUUGCACGCUGAAUUUAUACAUAACUAAUUUGUAUAUAUUGGCUACCCCAAAAAAAAACUUUGCGAUCGAUAAAAGUUUGUUUCUAAAGCUCAAAAAUAGUCGGGAUAUUUCAAAUUAGUAAACUUUUUAGUUUACGUCCUAAAAAAGAAACAAUUUGAAAGCAAUUGUGUACCUUGAAUGUACCAUGUACCUUUCUAUGUUAUUCGUUGUAUAUUUUCGAGGGUUGUAUCAUACAUAGAGAUUAAUUAGGGUAGAAGAUAAAAUUUAUCUGAUAGAUAUGCGAGAUACAAUUAUUAUCACUGAUCAAAUUGCAAGACAUGUUUAUUCUGCGAAUCUUUCGCAAUUUCAUUGCAAAUUGUGUGC